CAAGAGAUGGAAACAGCCAAUAGUCCACUCACAUCGAACGAUGCCGAGUCUUCGUCGGUUCAAUCCAGUCGAAAAUUCACAAAACUGAUUAGUGAGGCUAAAUCGCUAGUUGCAUUUGCGAUCUUCUCAGUGACUUUGUACCUAACGGCCAUUGCCGUUUUUCAUCGUCCUCUGGUAUCGCUUCCGUUCAGUCCACGCAUCAUACCAGAAUCGAAUCACACUGAAGCUGGAGAACCACCAGAUAGAGAAAAUUAUAUAGCGUCAGUCUUCUCGCUGAUAGUCAUGCUGAUCGGAUCAAUUGUAUUUGGAUACCUGGUCGACUUGUGCCGACUACCGCCUCUGCUUGAAAAAAUGUUCGCUAUUUUUCUUGAGCCAGAAGUGGAUUUCACUUAA